AUGAGCCAGCGUCGCUGCCCACCCGUGAGCGGGCCGGAAUCGCGCCCAUCCUCGGCAGUCUCGCCCGGACCGGCAUCCGCCCCCUCGGCCCCUUCUCCCCCUUCCCGCCCCGUGCAAAGUCAAAGCCCCGGCGAGGCGACGUUAACUUUUGCAUGCAGGACACACACACACACCGCCCGGGCCCCCGGCGUGCGGGGACCCGCGGCGCGGUGGGAGGCUAGGCGCCGGGCUCCCGGGCCAAGGUCGCCGCGCGUGCUCACCCAUGUCCCGGCGGCUCCGGCUCCGCUGGCCCCGGCGCUCGCUCAGAUCCCGGCUCCGGUCGCUCGCCCGAGCCCCCAAAGGUGCUGCUGCGGUAACUCCAUGGCGAUGAGCAUCUGUCAAACGGCGAGCCGCGGGCGUGCCGCCCUCGCUCGGGGGGCGCGGGGGCCCCCGGGCGCGCGGAGGCGGCGGCAGGCGCCCCGGCCGGCCCCGCGCUUCCCGCCCGGCGCGGCCGCCUCCGCCGCGCCACCGAUUUAUGGAGAGAGAUAUCAAGGGGGAAAAUGGCGUCUCCGGAGCCCGAGGAGUCCUGGAGUAAUCACAUUCACACACACACGCCCGCACGCACACACUCGCACACACUUGCACACGGGCGCGCGGCGAGCCGGCUAA